UAGUUAACAGUUUAAUUGAGUUCAUGUAGACAAAAACUAUAACUACGUUGUUUUUAUUUUUGCAGAGAGUUCUUGACUUGCCUUGCAAUUAGCAUAAGUUUGUUAAUCAAUUAUUACAAUGGCACACCAAGGCGCCCCCCUACCUGUGUUGGACGACUCCCAGAAGAUCAGCGUUGGUGAGUUAAAAGACCUUCUUGCUAAAAGUGAUCCCUUGGUUGUUGACGUGAGGAAUCCAAGUGAGAUUGAAGCUUCCGGAUCCAUUGGAAGCAAAAAGAAUAUCAAUAUUCCUAUCACUGAUUUAGAUAAAGAACUAAGUCUAAGCAAUGAUGAAUUCAAGGCUAAAUAUGGGUUGGACAAACCCCAGGGUGACGGGUCUGAUGUCAUCUUCCAUUGCAUGAAGGGGGGGAGGGGUUCAAGGGCUGUUGUUGUGGCUGAAAAACAUGGCAUGAAAAAGUAAGGCAACUAGUGGGCACGUAACUUGGAGGGUGGAUAUGGUUUGUGGUCUUCACAAUAAAUCAACAUAUUAUAACAACCAAAGUUUUCACCAAAGUGUCUAUGUUUAUAUAAGAAUUCUUAAUUGCAUUAUCUUUCCAAAAUAAGCCUUUUAUGUUGCUGACUAUUUGUUACUGUACCUUGCCCAAUUAGCUAUAAAACAAUCAAAUGUCGAUUAUGGCUUUAUGUAAACCCACAGCACACUUGUAUCCUCUAGGUUUGUUUGAAACCACUUUUAUAAAAAAACGUUUUUCAUUUUAUCAGAACACUAGUUUAAAUAUGUUCGUAAUUUAUCGGUAAUUAGUAAAAGUUUUCUACAAAUUGUAGACAUCAAUACCGAAUGUGAGUAACUGGCCUGUUUAAUAGAAUUAUCAUUUUUGCUCAAACAAUGGUUUGUCUGGUUUACAAAUAGAUAUUAAUUAACCGGUUCACUAAUAAGUAUUAAUUAACGUGUGUUUUGUAUCGGUAAUUAUUGUUUGUAACCUGACUAAUCAUAAACAUUUGAAUAUCAAUAUUGCUUCAAGCCUGUAACCCUCAUAAGCAUGACAAACAUGUAGGAAUUGCACUUAUUGGGAUGUUAUAUUAUGCACAAACUUCAAUUAUUCCUAAAUAAAUCUUAUCAAUACAACAUGG